AUGCAGCGCAUUCACUCUUCAGAGAUUGACAUCGACGGAGAUCUCCUAAAGGACGCAGAGAACACGAACCUCCUGUCGGAGAAAUCUGAAACAUCAGAAAGUGAUGACAGCGAAAAUGACACCCCCAAACUCCUUGACAGGGAAAGCCUAGAGAAACCUCGGCUAGCGCCUCUCUCGCCCCGAGCAAGAGGAUCUCCAGCGGAAGGCAGGGCCGUGGCUCCGAGACCGGGCUCGCCGGCGCCCAGGGCACCGGUUGUUAAGUCGUCGGUCACUGCGGCAGAGAGGGAACCUGUGAGACCCGGCGGGGGCAGACUCGGAGCCACCCCCGGAACCUCUGCAUCGCGAACGAAGCCCCUGGCUCAAGGGAAGCUGUCUCCUUCGACCAUACCGCGGCUGAGCAUGGAGCCCAGGAAACCUGUCCCCAGGCCAGGUGCAGGCUCAGUCUCGAGGCCUGGAGCCGGAGCUGGUGCUGGAGCCGGAGCUGGUGCUGGAGCCGGAAGACCCGGAGCAACACGACCGGGAGCUGGAACCGCCGGCACCGCUUCGAUGCGGGGAGGUUCAGUCAUCGGUCACGGCCGGGAAGCCGCGGACGAACCGGGAGCGACGUCGCCGCUAUUCACUAGUCACCUUAAGGGGCCGUCCAUCAAGAGCAUGUUCGACGGCCAAACCGCCCCCCAGCCAGUAAGUCUGAGUCCAGUCGGCGGCAGUCCAGUCAGCACGCCCCGAGGCUCCAUGUCGCCCCGUCUCUCCAACCCGUCAUCGCCGCGAAGCCAGACCCAGUAUCAACCUUCGGUUAUAUCGGACCCCGGUAUGGCCGACCCCGGUAUGACAGGCCCCGCUGCUUCCGACCAAAUGGUGGACUACGUGGCCUCGGUGGCCGCGGGUCGCCUCAUCUUAUGGGAGCAGUCUCAACAUGGGCCUCUUCUGCAGGAUGAGCGAGGGAAUUUUGAGCGGCAAGUGGUGGAAUUUAUGGAAGGGUUUACUCAUGCCUUCAAGCAGCUCACAUCGAAGCCUCUGUCUCUCCAAUCAUUCACGCACCUACAGGGGCCUGUGGUGCUCCUAUUUUAUACAGUCAUCUUUUCGUAUGGUAAGACCGGAACAUUUCGCCCACGUCUGAUCAACUUCACCGUGCUGCCUUCGUGGACCAUUCACUUUUAA